AUUUAUUAUAAAACGAACAUAGAACGUUUUAAAAGGGAGAAAACGAUGAUAUACAGGUUAAAGAAGAUGAAUAUAGUAAACGAUCGCUGCUCGCUGUCGGAAUUAAGCAACAAAAUUAUUGAAAAUCGCCCGAAAAUUACUCCUGAAAAAGACUCAAAGUUGAGUUCAAUUCUCACUCGAUUCACUUCAGCAUCGAGUGUUUCUUCCGCAAUCUCAUCGGAUUCUUCCACUUUAAACGAAAGUCAACGGUUUGUGAGGAGCAAUUUAUACCAGCAUUUAAAUGAUGACAAGUUAAUUUCUCAUUGCAAAGAAAUUCGUUUUUCCGAUUGCGAUAAAUCCUUCGUUGUAAGUAAAAUACGGAGUAUAUUUCAUCGAGUAUUCGAUGAUUUGUCUAAUGGAACACAUCCAGUUUUAAAAUACAGGAAACAGUCUUAUGAAAACUGUGUAUUAAAAGAUGAAAGAUUGCAGUUUAAAUCGGAAAAUUCAGCCGUUAGCAUAAUAAAUUCAGCAUUAAAAUCCAGUAGGUUUAAACUAAUUUUAUUAAUUUUGAAGAAAAUUGCCGUUCUUUUAGAAAGCAACACUACAGUCACAAAAAGAGAACUAUAUUAUCAAAUAAAGGAUUUCAACUUUACUAU